GGCCCGGUAUCGAUUAGCCUCGCUGUCACUUCUCCGUCCACCGUUGACGUUGCAGCUGCGGGUACAGUGUGAAAUAUGUAGCUGUCGCUCCGCAGCACACAGAAUCGUUCCUUUGUAGCAGUGGAGGGGGAGUGGAGCAAUCGGACUCCGUCCAACUCAGCUCCGCCCCUCGCUGCGGCUGCGCAGUUCAAUUUUUUCACUUUUUUUCCUUUUUUCAAUUUUUCACUCCUACUCUGGCUUCCGGACGCCUAGACAGACCGCUGCCGCCGAAUUUAAAGAGACAGGCGAUAGUUAUUUAAAAAAAGAUAAACGGCGACCAUUGUCCCCUUCGCCGAUUCACCGACACUUCUUGUCCUAUCGCGCUCGAUUCGAUGGCGACGUUGACCCGAAGUGGCGGCGAGUAGCAGCUUGUCAGUCACCAGCCCUCCACUCCGUCCUUCUCUGCGCCGAGCCGAGGCUGUCCGGCGAGGCAGGCUGGCUCCCCGACCCAGAGGAAGGUCUGUCGGCUAGCCAACAACUGGAGGUAACACCGACGCUUCCCUCGCAAGUUGUGGUCCGCGGCUCCGGAGGCUCCCGUCGCCCGGGCUCAUGGCGAAGAUUCAGGCGCACAGCGCCGCGAAGCAAAUCAACCAGAUCCAGGACAAGCCUUACGUUAUAACACAAAAGCAAGUGCAGCAGCAGCAGCAGCAGCAGCACUUCCAGAAGCUGAAGGUUGAAGAUGCCUUGUCAUAUCUGGACCAAGUCAAAAUUCGCUUUGCCAACGACCCGGGCAUAUACAACAAGUUUCUCGACAUCAUGAAAGAGUUCAAGUCGCAGAGCAUUGACACACCGGGGGUGAUAAACCGUGUGUCGCAGCUCUUCCAUGGACACCCAGACUUAGUCUUGGGCUUCAAUGCCUUCCUCCCACCAGGGUAUCGGAUAGAGCUCCCCAAGAACGGGGUGGCUUUCCUCCAGUCUCCUUUCUCUAUACAGGUAUCACCGGGCCAGCAGGGGAAGAGUCUUACCACCUCUGCAGUGCCCGCAACCUCAGGUAGUGCCUCUGCCGCCCACAUCGAAGCUGGACCCGCCCAGACCAGCGAGGUCAAGGCUGCCUCAUCAGAGUCCCUACCUUCUUCAACCACAGCAGGACCUCCAGAGCCUCCCAGCAAACUUUCUCUUCCCCUGACGAGCAGAGAGAGUCAAAAUCAGGCCACCACCUCGUCUGUAUCCCCACCUGCCUCAGAGACCAGCCCCGUAGAGUUUGACAGUGCCAUCAGCUACGUAAACAAGAUUAAAAAUCGCUUUUUGGAUCACCCAGAGAUCUACAGAGCCUUCCUCGAGAUUCUUCAUACAUAUCAGAAGGAGCAGCUGGAGGUGAAGGAGAGUCGAGGCAGCCGAGGCAGCAGUGGGAUGACGGAAGAUGAGGUGUUCUCUAAAGUUGCCAGUCUCUUCAAGGGACAAGAAGACCUGCUGGCUGAGUUUGGACAAUUCCUGCCUGAUGCCAAGAGAUCACUGUUCACAGGGAGCUCACUGACUGGAGGGAAAGAGCAGCUGAAAAGGCCGGAGGAAGAGGACACGCUAACCAAACAGAACAAAAAGAGGCCCAGACCCAUCCUGCUGCAGCACAUGUCCCCACUGCUGAAGAAAAAAAUGAAGUAUUCCUGCACCAAAGAUCAGUCAUUUGCCUCAGUUGGCAAACAUGGGGUUUUAAGAGAAUUCUCCUUCUUUGAUAAGGUUCGUCGCUUGUUUAAAAGCCAGGAAGUGUACGAGAACUUCCUGCGCUGCAUCGCCUUGUUCAACCAGGAGGUGGUUUCAGGAGCAGAGCUUCUUCAGCUAGUCACUCCUUUCCUGGGGAAGUUUCCCGAACUGUACACACAGUUCAAGUCAUUUCUGGGGGACAAAGAGCUCUCUCAUGCUGUGUCAGGGUUGUCGGAUCGCUACAUGGAGGGGGGAGGGGGCAGGGAAGUGGAUUAUGCCUCCUGCAAGCGCCUGGGGUCCAGCUACAGGGCACUGCCCAAGACCUACCAACAGCCUAAAUGCAGCGGGCGCACCGCCCUGUGCAAGGAGGUGUUGAAUGACACCUGGGUGUCAUUCCCCUCCUGGUCGGAGGACUCCACCUUCGUCAGCUCCAAGAAGACUCCUUAUGAGGAGCAGCUGCAUCGCUGCGAGGAUGAAAGAUUUGAGUUGGACGUGGUCCUGGAGACUAACCUGGCCACCAUCCGGGUGCUCGAGAGCGUCCAGAAGAAGCUGUCCCGCCUUUCACCAGAGGACCAGGAACGAUUCCGAUUAGACGACUGCCUGGGCGGCACUUCGGAGGUUAUUCAGCGUCGUGCCGUGUAUCGCAUCUAUGGCGACAAAGCCCCUGAGAUCAUCGAGGGACUAAAGAGGAGUCCAGCCACGGCUGUGCCUGUGGUGCUCAAGAGGUUGAAAGCCAAGGAAGAGGAGUGGAGAGAGGCCCAACAGGGUUUCAAUAAGAUUUGGAGGGAGCAGUACGAGAAGGCCUACCUGAAGUCCCUCGACCACCAGGGAGUCAACUUCAAGCAGAAUGACAUGAAGGCCCUGCGGUCAAAGAGUCUCCUUAAUGAGAUUGAGAGUGUCUAUGAUGAGCGUCAGGAGCAGAGCACAGAAGAAGGCGGAGUUGGCCAGCAGGGGCGUAAUGGCUCUGGUUCAGCCUCGCCCAGUGAGCCCCACAUGUUGUUCACGUAUGAGGACAAACAGAUCCUGGAGGACGCCGCCGCACUCAUCAUCUACCACGUGAAACGGCAGCCCACCAUCCACAAAGACGACAAGGACCACAUCAAACGCAUCAUCCAGCACUUCGUUCCCGACCUGUUCUUCUCUCGCCGUGGUGAACUCAGCGAUACCGAAGAUUGGACAGACGAGGAGGCCGAGCCUGAGGAGGGAGGAGAGAGAGGAGAGAGAGGAGUUGGAGGUAGAACAGCAGCGGCAGCAGAGGCGGCAGCAGGAGGAGCAGGAGGAGCAGGAGGAGCAGGAGGAGCAGGAGGAGCAGGAGGAGCAGGAGCAGGAGGAGGAGCAGGAGCAGGAGGAGCAGGAGGAGCAGGAGGAGGAGGAGGAGGGGGAAAUGGUCAUUCUAAUAAUGCAUCAGGUGCACUGGCAGCCACAGGUGGUCAGUCUCAACCCCAACCUGCCCAGUCCCAGAUCCAGUCUCAACCCCAGCAGCAGCUCAAUGGUGAGUCCAGGCGAAGGCGAUGCAGCCCCCCCCAACCUACAGAAACCGAGGCCUCCAGUAGCAUGAUUCAGCCUGCAGGCAACACCACACCCAACCCUGGAUCUACCCCAAUGGAGAUGGGUUCAGGUUCAUCCGGCGAGAAGGUGGACCUGCGCGACCCAGAAGCGGAGCACCAGAAGGAGUUGGACGGCGUCUACAACCUCUUCUUCGUCAACAACAACUGGUAUUUCUUCCUGCGGCUGCACCAAACUCUGUGUUCGCGGCUGCUGCGGGUCUACCGACAGGCGGAGCGGCAGCUGCUGGAGCACAGAGCCGAGCAGAGCCGCGAGCGGCUGCUGAUGGCGGAGGGGCGGAGGGAAAAGGCGUGUGACCUCGCCAUGGAGCUUCGCCUCAAACAGCCCAGCGAGGUGGAGUUGGAAGAGUAUUACCCCGCCUUCCUGGACAUGGUGCGCAGUCUGCUGGAUGGCAACCUGGACUCCACACAGUAUGAAGACACACUGAGAGAGAUGUUCACCAUCCACGCCUACAUCGGCUUCACCAUCGACAAGGUCAUCCACAACAUAAUUCGGCAGCUGCAGCACCUUGUGAGCGACGAGGUUUGUCUGCAGGUGGUUGAUCUUUACCUCGCUGAGAGGAAGCGGGGGGCAGCGGGGGGGAACCUGUCCUCGCAGUGUGUCCGAGCUGCCUGGGAGACAAGCUUCCAGUGGAAAGCUGAGAGAGUCAUGGCUGAGGAGAACUGCUUCAAGGUGAUGUUUAUUCAAAACAAGGGUCAUGUGACAAUGACCAUUGAGCUGCUGGACACAGAGGAGGCACAGGCCGACGACCCGUUAGAUGUACAGUGCCUGUCGAGCUACAUGGAGCAGUUUGUAGGAGCAGAGUCCAGUCUGUGCUCACAAGCAGAGGGCUACUUCUUCAAACCUGUAUUCCUGCCCAGGAACCUACGGCGUUUCCGUCGCUGGCAGGUGCGGCAGGUGGAGGCGAUGCGCUGCAGGAGAGAGUGGCACCGUCAGCUGGGCGUGGAGAACGCCGGGAGUUUGGACUGUCGCUUCAAACUUAACACUCACAAGAUGGUGUUUGUCAUGAACUCUGAGGAUUACAUGUACCGCAGAGGAGCGCUGGUCAAGGCCAGGAAGUCGCAGCACAGAGUGGCAGCGAGCCAGCACGAACGCUUUGACAAGUGGCACCAGGGCUGGCUAGCCAAUCACGUCACGGCUUCGGCUGAACGCUCAGUGCAGAACUGGCUGCUGGGCGAGGAGGAGGAGGACAUGAUCCCCUGCAAGACCACCUGCCUGUCGACCGAGGUGAAGGGGCAGGCGGUCAACAGAUACCGAGUUCAGUACAGCGGUAGCAAAGCCCCGGCCUCACCGUAGAGGCCUGCAUAGAGAUGGACAUGCAGUAUGCACACACAUACACACACACAUAUAAAUAUAUACACACAGACGCACAGCCACACACACACACACACACACGGUAAAAUGCAUGGACUUACAGGACAUUCAUACACUAAACACAAACAUAAACAGCUGCAGUCACACUUCACCUUCCUCCACAUGUUCACUCACUCACGUCCACUCAUGGAUGAAGAAACUGGCAGCACCCCCCACACCCCCCUACAGCGAGUCGGUGAAUGAGUGAGUGUGAGAGGAGUGACGUGGUGGAGGACAGGACCAACACAGACAGUGCAGUAAUCAGUGAGAGUGAACUCACUCGGCCCCGAUUGAUGGGACGAGAUUGGACACGACAGCACAAGCAGAGAUUAUCGUCCUCAUCACUCCGGCUUCUCUGGUGGCACACGGCAACAGACGGACAGAGGUGGUCCAUCAGGUGAGAAGUUCUGAGUUAUGAGAUCAUGAAAUCUGUUUCAGAAAUGUGAAUGUCUGUUUUUUUCUUUUCUUUUUUUCUUUCUUUUUUUAAGUCAAGUGUAGUUUUUAGCUUCUAAACCCAGAGAGCCUUCUGCUUGUUGGUUGGUUUAUGCGUGUUUAUAUGGAGAGAUAAUGGUAAAUGUGUGUAUGUAUGUGUAUCCUGCUCUUCAUUUUUGUUUGUUUGUUUGCCCAGUACAGGCUCUACAACUCUAGUAAUUGCAUUAUUACUGUAUGUGCAUAUAUAUACAGCAGGGAUCCUGUAUUUUUAUAUAUGCAUCUACAUGAGUUGAUGGAUACAUCUAAAGAUCAUGUGGUUCUUUACAGUGUUUGCUGUCUGCCAACUCGAUGUUUGCAGUUUGUUUCACUUUUUUUGUAUCUUUUUUCUCCCCUUUUUUGUGUUGUAGCGAAACGAGUUAUCACCAGGGUAACGAGGAGUCCUUAUAAUUAAUUGGUUUAAUAUCGAUGAGCAGUCAAAUUAUGUAUCAUAUUCAUGAUUUCACCAAAUGUUUACUUUGCGUUCUUUUUUUUUUGCAUACUGACAUUGAAAAUAAAAGCAAAAUAUCAGUGUUAAAAUAGAAUGUAUAACAUUUAUCCUGUAUCAGUUAUCAUAAAAUAAACAACCUAGUUGUGACCUUCUUA